AUGUCGACUUUCACGGACAUCAAACUGAGUGCCGACAGGAUGGAAGGCGAUGCCACCCAGCUUUUUCAUCAUGCAUCUGCACAAGCAGCUAGACGAAGAGAGAACCGACUCCGUUUGGCAGUCGGAGUAUGGUUCACGAGCACGCUGUUAUUGGCCGCUCUUUCAGCGUGGCUUGGCCUUCAAUUACGAGCUGCCAACCGUUUUGGGUCGUUCGAGAGAGGCUUUCACACUGAGCUAGACGCGCCAAAACAUGUAAUCGAAUUAGAGGAGAAGUGGUUUGAGGCGAGCCCUGCAUUCCUGGAUGACGGGUUCGAGUACGUGCCUGAGCGGGAAGAUGGGACGCCACGCACCAAAUAUGUUGGUGAACCAACGAAAGAUAUUGAUCACAACUGGGAACAACUUCACUGGGGCCGAUUCUUUCUCCUUACUGAAGACGAAGCGAAAAAGGCGUGGGGGCCUGGUUAUGAGAAGUAUUGGGCUCCCAGAGAGGGCGGAUAUAUCGCAGCCUUAGAAGUUAUGCAUACUGUUCACUGUCUGGAUCACAUCCGCCGGGCGUUCUACCCGGACAUAUAUCCGAACAAAAACCCAAUCCACGGCACCAAACACCGAGACCACUGCAUUGAGCACCUCAGGCAAAUCAUACUCUGCAACUCGGACUUGACGCCAAUUCCGUCCAUCUUCUACAUUGGGGUUGAAGAUAACUACAUAAACUCCGACAGGCCACACACUUGUCGAAACUUUCAAAAGAUUAGGGAAUUUGUGUCCGACCGGUUCAAUGGCAGUUCCCGGGUGGCGCCUCGUCCCGGCACGGUUUGGAGUGACGAGUGGAUCAACACUGACAGGCCGCAUACAUGA